GACUAAAGGGGCGGGAUGAGGCAAGCAGAACAUACCAUCUCUAUCAUAACAGGGGUGGAGCCAACAGCAAGCAAGGAAAAGAACUACAGUAUUAGAAAAAGAGAAGCAGACUGUACCAUUACCGCCCAAAGCUGGAAGAAAAACUGUGCAGAGCAGCUGCUUAAGACAUACGAGUCAGAAAGCGACACACAUUCUGAGAGCGGACUAAAGUGUAGCGAAGUGUCCACCGCCUUCCUGGAUUCGGAGAUGAGCACCUCCUCCAUAACUCCUUCAACAUAUGUGCGCUGCCUUGGCUAUGGUAUGAUGAGGCAACUGGCUGAUUUUAUUGAUCCACAGGAUGGAUGGAAGAAAUUAGCAGUAGAUAUAAAAGAGUCUUCUGGUGCAAACAGAUACAGCCAAAUGCAUAUAAGGCGAUUUGAAGCAUUAAAACAAGUAGGGAAGAGCCCCACCUGUGAAUUACUUUUUGACUGGGGGACAUUAAAUUGUACUGUUGGCGAUCUGGUAGACUUGCUGAUCAGAAAUCAGUUUUUGGCGCCAGCCAGACUUUUACUUCCAGCAGAUUCUGUAAGGAUGAUAGAAGACUCUACAGUGCCCUUACCUGUACAAGAAACUAAGCCUCUGAAUGAAAAUCAAAUGGUACCUGUAUCACCUCUUUGGGUUCCAGAUAAAGGGCACGUGAGUUCAGUAUAUUCUGGCCAGAGUACAAAGCAGAGUUGCUUGCCUCUUAAUGAUAUAGUAUUGCAAAGCUUUUCGUUUGAGGAACUGAAAAGUCUUACAAAUAACUUUGAUGAUCGAACUGUGUCAGCUGGUGGCAAUAAGAUUGGUGAAGGAGGUUUUGGAGUAGUGUACAAAGCAUGCAGUAAUGGCAGAACAGUCGCAGUGAAGAAACUUACUGCUGUGACUGAUGUAAGUAUCGAAGACCUGAAAAAGCAGUUUGAACAAGAAAUAAGAAUUAUGGCGGAGUGUCAGCACGACAACCUAGUAGAACUAUUUGGUUUCUCAAAUGACUCCGAUCAGCCUUGCCUAGUUUGUGAUUAUAUGCCUAAUGGCUCAUUGCUUGACAGACUAGCUUGUCUGGAUAACACAGCACCAAUUCCUUGGAAAACAAGAUGUAAUAUUGCUCAAGGGGCAUCCAAUGGAAUCUGUUUUUUACAUGAAAACAACCAUAUUCAUCGGGAUGUUAAAAGUGCAAAUAUCUUACUAACUGAGAAGUUUGUGCCCAAACUCUCUGACUUUGGACUUGCAAGAGCAUCUGUACGAUUCACACAUACUAUACUAACCGAUAGAAUAGUGGGAACAGCAGCCUAUAUGGCCCCAGAGGCUUUACGUGGGGAGAUAACCCCUAAAUCUGAUAUCUUCAGCUUUGGUGUGGUGUUACUUGAAAUAAUAACAGGACUUUCUCCUGUGGAUGAAAAUCGGGAUCCCCAGUUACUGCUGACUAUCAAAGAGGAAAUUGAAGAUGAAGAAAAGACUAUUGAAGAUUACAUUGAUGGAAAGAUGAGCAGCUGGAAUAUCUCAUCAAUUGAACAGAUGUAUUCAAUUGCAUGCCAGUGUCUGCAAGAAAAGAAGAAUCGGAGGCCAGAUAUUAAGACGGUCAAACAACACUUACACGACAUGCUAAUCGAGUAAGGUCUCUCCUAUGUUGUGGCUUAAUGAAGACAAGUUCAGUUAGAUGCUAAUUUUAUACCUGUGGGCCUGUAGAGUUGUUUACAAGGCCAUGGACUCCUAAAAUGAAUGUAUAUGUUUUGAGGUCCAGUUAUUUUGUUAUCUUUCCGAGGCUGUACAGGGGACACGUUCUUCAGAGCUUUACUUGUAUGUUGCUGUCCUUGCAAACUUGUCACUCUCAGCAAUCCUUCUGCCUGACUGCAGCUUAGAUAAGACCACUACUGGUUCUCUUCUCUCUCUCU